AUGGCGUUAGAGCAGCUUCUUUGGGAUUCCGGCGCGACUGAGAGCUGGAUUGGCGGCCGAUCGACGCUUUUUGAGCGAGAAGAAGAUAAGGUCCAGGAGAAGGACGUUGAUUUCCUCCGAAAUGUCGAAGGCCCACCAGAGAACAUGGUCAGCCCGCCGUUCAGCAACCCUCAGCUUCAUUUGGACCAGAACUUUGGCGAUGACAAGCCGGUCAAGAUCAAGUUCAACCACGGUACUACUUGCUUGGCUUUUAAAUUCAAGCACGGUGUGAUGGUCGCUACCGAUUCCCGAGCCACUGCUGGUGGUUACAUCGCUUCUCAAGAAGUCAAGAAGGUCAUUGAAAUCAACCCCUAUCUUUUGGGAACAAUGGCAGGCGGUGCUGCUGAUUGCCAGUUCUGGGAACGGGUCCUCGCCAUGGAAUGCCGCCUUUACGAACUCCGAAAUAAGGAACGAAUUUCUGUCGCCGCUGCUUCCAAGCUUUUGGCGAACAUGGUCUACCAGUACAAGGGAAUGGGUCUUUCUAUGGGAACCAUGGUCUGCGGCUGGGACAAGAAGGGACCUGGUCUUUACUACGUCGAUGAUGGCGGACAGCGACUUGAGGGAUCCCUCUUCUCUGUCGGUUCCGGUUCUCUCUUCGCCUAUGGUGUCCUUGACGAAGGAUACUCCUACGAUCUUGAGGUCGAAGCUGCCAAGGACCUCGCUGUCCGCUCGAUUUACCACGCCACCUACCGAGAUGCUGCUUCUGGCGGUUUUGUCAACUUGUACCACAUGAAAGAAACUGGCUGGGAGCACUGCGGCUGGAUGGACGUUAAGGAGCUUCACUGGAAGUACCACGACGAGAAGGUUGCCCGAGCUCGUCAAUAA